AUAAGCGGCUCGGGUUGGGGCGGUGGUUGUGCUCUACUGCUGACCUUCAAUCUCCGGAGUCACUGCCCGUUACCGACGAGCCAUGGCGUCGCGCAAGUUCUUCGUUGGGGGCAACUGGAAGAUGAACGGGGACAAGAAGUGUCUGGGGGAGCUCAUCACCUCGAUGAACGGGGCCAAGGUGCCCGCCAACACCGAAGUGGUAUGUGGAGCCCCUUCUAUUUACCUUGACUUUGUUCGUCAGAAAUUGGAUGCAAAAAUUGGUGUAGCUGCUCAGAACUGCUACAAGGUGGCCAAGGGUGCGUUUACUGGGGAGAUCAGCCCUGCCAUGAUUAAGGACUGUGGGGCCAACUGGGUGAUCCUGGGACACUCUGAAAGGAGACAUAUCUUUGGGGAGUCGGAUGAGCUCAUUGGGCAGAAGGUAGCCCAUGCUCUGUCAGAAGGCCUAGGAGUGAUUGCCUGUAUUGGUGAGAAGUUGGAUGAGAGGGAAGCUGGAAUCACUGACAAGGUUGUUUUUGACCAGACCAAGGCCAUUGCAGAUAACGUGAAGGACUGGUGCAAAGUCGUCCUAGCCUAUGAACCAGUCUGGGCUAUUGGUACUGGCAAGACAGCUACGCCCCAGCAGGCCCAGGAGGUACACGAGAAGCUUCGGUGCUGGCUUAAGACCCACGUCUCAGAACCUGUAUCACAAUCUACCAGGAUCAUUUAUGGAGGCUCUGUGACAGGAGCCAACUGUAAGGAUCUGGCAUGCCAACCUGAUGUGGAUGGCUUCCUGGUGGGUGGAGCUUCCCUUAAGCCUGAAUUUCUGGACAUCAUCCAAGCCAAAAACUGAGCCCUUCAUGUGGCCCUCUGAUUUACCCCUCCCCCUCCCAUGUGAUUGUGAUGUUCAUUCCCCUCCCACCAUGGUCCACUUCAAGCUACACCUUCCUCCAUCAUGUAGACUGUGUGUACCAGUUCUCGGCUCCUCAGCCCUUCCUCCAAUGGACCAGGCCUUUCUCCAUUUACUAUAAAUUUGAAGGAAGCACA